UUUUCUCUUGGCUAUGGAUGUUGUGAUUGUCCGUAGGUGGUAGAUGGUCUCUGACUGUCGAACGCGGAGGUACCACCCGGCGGUUCUCGUAGGCGGAGCCAGAAUGUGUGCAUGUUGCAUGCACCCGUGUUCCCUCGCCAGAGUCCGUGUGGCGUCCCCCCCCUUUCCCAUGUAUCCCCCUAUAGCCCCACGGCUUUAGGCCUUCGUGGUAGUUGGAGUAUAAAAAAAAAAAGAUCAGACAUC